AGCGGGGCGAGGCGCGUCGCUGGGACGCGAGAAAGGUUCGCUCAGUUGCUAAGGCGUCAAGACUGGGAUUCGACCUCACCCCUUUAGAUGGGCAGCUUCCAGGUUGCCCAGGUGAUUCGGGCGCUAAAGGCAACGAGGUCAUGACCAUCUUUUCUUCCUAUUGGCAUUGCCAGCUUUAGGCCCUACACCAGACACAGUGGCCAACACCAGACAGAGAUGACUUAACCAACUCUUAGAACUAUGUAAGGGCCCAGUGCUCAUAGAAAAUUUUAUAUUUUAUAUCACUUUUACAAGUUCUGCUUCUCUGAUUGAACCUGAAUGAUACAAAACUGGUAGUUAAAACUGAAGUAUUUCAAUUUAAAGUAUUCUCUUUAAGUUUUACUAAGACUUGAAUCCAUAUAAAUUAUGUCUUUGUACAACUGCAACUGUAUUAUAAAGAUUUGUUACCUUUAGUCUAUUUUGUGUUGUUAUAAAGAACUACCUGAGAAACUGAGUAAUUUAUAAAGAAAACAGAUGUAUUUGGUUCACAAUUCAGGGUGGCUAGAAAGUUCAAGAUUGGGUAUCUGCAUCUGGUGAGGGCCUCAGGCUGCUUCCGCUCACGGCAAAAGGCCAAGGCAAAGGGGAGCCAGCUAUGCAGAGAUCACUUGGUGACCCAGGAAACAAAAGACAGGUAGGAGAGGUGCCAGGCUCUUUUUAACGGCCAGCUCUGAGGAAUUAAUUGUGUGAGCACCUACUACCUGCCUAGGGAGGUCAUAGUUCUAUUCAUGGGUUUCACCCCCAUGACCAAAACACCUCCUAUUAAACCCCAUCUCCAACUUUGGGGAUCAAAUUUCAACAUGAGGUUUGGAGGGGACAAAUACCCAACCAGAGCAUAUGUUAAAUGUCAUGUUUGAGGUAUGAAGACAGAGUGUCAUAUGAGGGAGGAAUAUUACAUCUCUAUUAGGCCAUUCUUGCAUUGCUAUAAAGAAAUACCUGAGACUGGAUAAUUUAUUUUAAAAAGAGGUUUAAUUGGCUCAUGGUUCUGCAGGCUAUAUAAGCAUGGUGCUGGCAUCUGCCCAACCUCUGGGAAAGCCUCAGUGAGCUUUUACUCAUAGUGGAAGACAAGCAAGAGUAGGCUCAUCACCUGGCGAAAGCAGGAGCAAGAGAGAGAUUGGGUGGGGGAAGGUACCACACACUUAAACAACCAGAUCUCACAAAAACUCAUUCACUAUCAUGAGGAUAGCAGCAAUCUAUGAGGGAUCUGCCCCCAUGAUACAAACAUUCCCUGCCAGGCUCCACCUGCAACAUGGAGAUUACAAUUCAACAUUAGAUUUGGUGGGGACAAAUAUUCAAACCAUAUCAACUUUUAACUGGUGUGAUUGGCCUGAAUGCUAAACAAAGAAGCUUGAACUUUAUGUGAAAGGUAUAGAUAGUUCCUUAAGGCCUUGAAUAAGAGGAUGACCUAAUCACUACUACAUUCUUCAGUAUUAUAUUGAAAAGAAGUUUGAAUUUCAUUAUGUAAGUAAUCCGUUUAUCAGAUAACAACUGAUAAUCAGAGAAAUUUCUCAGAGAGAUGAGGGAAAGCUACCAAAUGACCAAAAGGAUAACCACAGGAAGGCUGGCUACAAAAUAAUUAAUGUGCUUGAAAGACAGCUAUUUAGAAGCUUUUGACAGAUGAAACUGCAAAGAUGCAUUCAGUUUCUUACAACACAAAUGAAGAAAAGUAAAUUAGCUAAGGUGAUAAAUGAAAUUAUCUUGACAUUAAGCUGUGGAAAAUGAUCUCCCAAAGAAAAAAUAUGGAAAACUCAUCAAGUCAGACUAUUUGAAAAUAGACCAUUUCAAGUAGGAGUUAACACACUGUCACUAUUCUACCUGGACUCUUUGCAGAAUAAAAGUCAUACAGUAGGCUUUUUCAUGUUUAAUAGAUGUUGUCAAUGAAUAAUAAAUAUGAUAAUGAUACCCAUGUAUAUAACAUUAUCUAUUUAUGAAUAGAAGAGAAAGUUAAUAUUUGAGCUGUACUCAUCUGACCUACCCCUCUUAUAAACAUUUUGUACCUUUUUUCCAUUUCACAUAAGCAAAAGUGAGGAAUUUGGCAUUUGGAGAUUUGAUCUCAAGUCUAGUAUUAACAUAAAUAGGUUUGUGUUUAUAACCGAAUAAAAUAUUAAUAUUUCUGAGCCUUGUUUGUUGUUAAAGUAGGAAUAAUGACUAUAAAUGUUAAUAGUAUAUCUCAAUAAACUUAAAGAAAUAAUGGUAAAAGUAAAAAUUUUUCGCUUCCAAAAAUUCUAAGCCUGCAGGUAUUUGCCCCAUUUCACCAUAAGUUUAUACAACUUUACAUAGGCAAAACUGAAUGUAUAGUCUAUAAACAAAAGAAUGCCUCUUGACUAUUUUUUAAAAUGGAGAAUACUGAUAAAUAUAUUUGUAAAAAUUAUAAAAUAAGUUAUUUUAGGCAAUAUAUGAUAAGUUGGUCAGCCAGUUCACUUCAUACAAUAUACAAAAAUUAAAGUAGAUCAUAGACCUAAAUCUAAAAGUAAAAGAUAUAAAACUUCUAGAAUAAAACAUGAAAUAAAAAUAUUGUGAUCUUGAGGUUAAGCAAAUAUUUAAGACACAAAGUAUGAAUCAUAAAAGUUAAAAAUUUGGUAAGUUAGACUUUAUCAAAAUUCAAAAUUUUUGCCCUUUAAUGGCACCGUUAAGAAAUGAAAAGGAAAGUCACAGAAUAGUAGAAAAUAUUCACACUACAAAUAGCUGACAACUGGUAUACAAAAUAUAUUUUUAAAAUCUCCCAAAGCUCAAUAAUAAGAUAAUUCAGUUUCUUUAAUGGACAAAAUAUUUGAACAUACAUUUUACGAAAGCAGAUAUACAAAUGGCCAGUAAGCAGAUGGAAAGGUUUUCAACAUGGUUAGUCAUUAGGAAAACACGUAUUAAAACUACAGUGAGACACCACUUCAUUAGGAUGGCCACAAUUUAAAAGACUAAUAAUACCAAAUGUUAGCGAAGAUGUGGAACAAUUGGAGUUUACACUCUAAAGGCGUGAAUGUAACUCUAAAGCUACUCUAAAGGUAGUUAAAUGUAGUUCAAAAAACUGGCAGUUUCUUAUAAAGUUAAACAUACACUUAUCAUAUGACCAGCCAUUCCAGUUCUAUGCAUUCAACCUGUAGAUCAAAAAAAAAAAGGGUUCACACAAAGUGUUAAACGCAAAUCUUCAUAGUGGCCUUAUUCACAAUAACCAAAAAUGUAAAACAGCCCAUGUGUUCAUCAAAUGGAAAAUGGAUAAACAGGUAGUAGUACCUCAGUACAAAGUAACACUACUUAAUAAUAAAAAGGAAUGAACUACUGACAUAGGUAAUAGCAUUGAUGAAUCUCAAAAUCAUCAUGCUGAUAGAAACAAGACACCAAAAAUACAUACUGUGUGGUUUCAUUUAUAUAAAUUCUAGAAAAUGCAAACUAAUUUAUAGUGAGUCCAGCAAAUCAGUGAGCUGGGGGCCAGGAUCAGAAGUAGAAGUGAACUGCAAAGGGAUACUGGGAAAUAUUUGAGGGGUAACAGGUAUAUUCUGUAUCUUGAGUGUGGCAGUGAUUUCACAGGAGUCUACAGCUAUCAAAAUUCAUCCAAAUAUGCACUCUAAAUGGGUACAGUUUAUUGUAUAUAUCUUGAUGAGGAUUUUUCUUUAAAAGAAGCAGCCUAGAAUUCUAGGAGAGCAAACUUAAAUAAAAUUUAGUUAGUAAGUUGACUAAAAAGUAAAGAACUUACUUGAGGAUUUUGACAGUAGACAGAAAACAACAUAUAUCCAGAUGAAUGAACUUAAUGAAAUUAUCCAAAUUGAACCUCAAAAAGGAAAAAGGUAAAAAGAACCUCACACAGUAAGAAAUGUAAAAUAUAUGAAGUUCUAGGAAGAGAAGAAAGACAAAAUAAGAAAGAAGUAAUCAUUUGAGAAAAAUGGCUGAUAACUUUCUGAAUUAAUGAAAGGUAUUAAUAAAAUCUUCAAGAUGCUUAGCAAGCUCCAAAUAGGAUAAAUACAAUGGAAAUGACAUGUAGGUACAUAAAAGUCAAACUUAUUAAACCAAAUAUUAAAAAGACAAUCUUAAAAGCAACUAGAGAAUAAAGACAAUCACAAGAAAUCCACUGACAUCAUAAUUAAGGCUUCCAAGUACAAGACUAUAUGUAAUGAUAACUUUCACGUGCUGAAAGAAAAAACUGCCAAACUUGUAUUCUAUACUCAGAAAAAAUAUUUUUCAAAGUCAAGAAAAAAGUUUCAAAAAUUUCUCAGGUAGGCCAGGCACAGUGGCUCACACCUGUAAUCCCAGCACUUUGGGAGGCCAAGGCAGGUGGAUCACCUGAGGUCAGGAGCUCGAGACACCAGCCUGACCAACAUGGAGAAACCCUAUCUCUACAAAAAAUACAAAAUUAGCCAAGCAUGGUGGCACAUGCCUGUAAUCCCUGCUACUCAGGAGGCUGAGGCAGGAGAAUCACCUGAACCUGGGAGGUGGAGGUUGAGGUGAGCCAAGAUCAUGCCAUUGCACUCCAGCCCAGGCAACAAGAAUGAAACUCCUUCUCAAAAAAUAACAGGCAAAUAAAAUCUAAGAAAAAAGCAGAAGAUGUUCUUUGGCUCUAAGGAAAAUGAUACCAGAUAGAAUAUGAAAGUGGAAAAAAGAAUGAACAACUCUAGGGAGGGUAAAUUAAUAGAUGAAAAAAUUAACUAUUGAAAGCAAUAAUAACUAUAUCAUUCAAUGUUUUAACAUGUAGGAAUAAAAUAUAUAACUAGAAAAUCAGAAUAAGCCAUCAGGCAACAAAGGAAUCACUGAGAGAUGGGAAACACAUGAGGUGAAUCCUACAAUUGCCUCAGCUUACUGCCUAGAGAAAAUUUUCAGACUGCAAUGCAGGGAUGGGAGAAAACUACAAAACCACAGAGAAAGUUCCAGAGGGUCCCCUAAGGUAUACAGUUGAGUACUGAUUUGUACAAGCAGGUGAGGAAGCUACCCAUGGCCAGAGAAAAGAACCAUCGAAAAGAAUCAGAGCCAACAGUGUCCACAGAUCACAGACAUCCAGGAAAAAUACCUUUUCCCAACAGCCAGAGUAGAAAACCUCAUAAUUCAUGGGAUGUUGGGUAGGAGUACAAAGAAUGAUCUUGGCUCAUUAGUGGGGAAAAUUAACCUUAGACUAAAUACUGCUUCAGUUCUUCCCAAUAAAGCUAGAAGGAAGACCUAAAACUCCCUUUUAGCCAACCUGUUUUAAAGUAACUUAACUGCAUCCCAAAAGCAAGUUUAAUAAUAUUUACAGGAAUACAAAAGUAUCAAGAACCCAACAAGGUAAAGUUCAUAAUGUCUGACAUCCAACAAAAAAUUACCAGACAUGCAAGGAAGCAGGAAAGUAUGAUCCAUAAUGAGGAAAAAAAAAAUCAUUCAAUUUAAAAGUGACUCAGAAAUGACACAAAUAAUAGAAUUAGUAGACAAGAACAUUAAAACAAUUAUCAUAUUAGUAGUUAAUAUGUUCAAAAAGCAAAAAUAAAAGAUUAAAAAUGUUAAGUAGCAACAUUGGAGAUAUUAAAAACAAAGAACUUCUAGAGAUUAAAACUACAAUGCAUGAGAUGAAAACAAUACACUGGAUGGCUUAGUGUCAGAAGAAAGAUUGGUGAACUUGAAGAAAUAGUAAAAAAAAAAUCCAUAAUCAACUACAGAGAGAAAAAUUACUGAAAAAAAAAAAAGAACAGAAUAUCAGUUAGCUGUGGGACAACUAUAAGGAGAAUGCCUAUAACUGAAGUCCCUGAAUGAGGAGAGAAACUUGCAGACAGAAAAAGAAUUUAAAUAAAUAAUUACCAAAAUUUAUCACAAGAUAGAUGGUGAUAAAGUAUGUAUACUAUAAACCCUGUAGUUAACAACUAAAGUGAUACUACAAAGACUUACAUCAAAUAAGCCAACAAAGAAGAUAAAAUGAAGUCAUAAAAAAAUACUCAGUUCAAAACAAGGUAGAAAAAGAGGACAAAGAGAACAAAAAGCAGAUAAAACAAAUAACAAAUAGCAAGAUGGUAGAUUUAAACCCAAUCAUAUAAAUGUUAAUGAUAUAUAAACUACCUAAAUAUAAUAUAAAUUAUCUAAUGAAUGGUCUAAAUACCCUAACUAAAAGUCAGAGGUUGUUGAAUUGGUUAAAAUGCCUAACACAACUGUAUGCUGCCUACAAGAAAUACAUCUUAAACAUAAAUCAAUAGAUUAAAACUUAAAGGGUGAUAACAAAUACCAUUCUGACAUUAACAAAACUGGAGAGGCUGUAUUAUUAUCAGACAAAUUGGACUCUAGAGUAAAGAAUGUUACCAGAGAGUGCCAUUUCAUAAUAAAAAAAGGUCUCAAUUCAUCAAGAAGACAUAAAAAUUAUAAACAUACAUGCUCCUAAUAACAGAGCCUUAAAAUACAUGAAGCAAAAUCUGAUAAGGAUAAGUUUGAGGAUUAACAAUUUUUAACUUUCUCCUUUUUUGGAGACAGAGUCUCACUCUGUCUUCCAGGCUGGAAUGCCAUAGCACAAUCUCAGCUCACUGCAAUCUCUGCCUCCCAGGUUACAGUGAUUCUCCUGCCUCAGCUUCCUGAGUAGCUGGGACUACAGGCACGCACCACCACACCCAGCUAAUUUUCAUAUUUUUAGUAGAGAUGGGGUUUCGCCAUUUCUAGUAAAGAAUAUUAGUAGUAUUAAGAAUACAGAUGUGAGCCCCUGAACCUGAUAGUUUUUAACUUUCUUAAUGCAAAGACAUAUCUAUAGCUUAUUUUAUAUAAAUUUUAAAUUUAUUACUUAAGAUAUAAUAAUAACUUUUACCUUGACCAAGGAAAUUAGCCACAGAAAAUGACUAAGUAUACCAGGUACAGUGGCUCACGCUUGUAAUCCCAGCACUUUGGGAGGCCAAGAAAGAUGGAUCACUGGAAGUCAGGAGUUCAAGACCAUCCUGGCCAAGAUGGCAAAACCCUGUCUCUACUAAAAAUACAAAUAUUAGCUAGUCAUGGUGGGCUCACGCCUGUAAUCCCCACACUUUGGGAGACUAAGAAGGGUGGAUCACUGGAGGUUAGGAGUUCAAGACCAACCUGGCCGAAAUGGCAAAACCCUGUCUCUUCUAAAAAUACAAAAAUUAGCCAGUCAUGGUGACUCACACAUGUAAUCCCAGCUACUCGGGAGGCUGAGGCAGGAGAGUCACUUGAACCCAGGAUGCAGAGGCAGUGAGCUGAGAUUGUGCCACUGCACUCCAGCCUGGGAGACAGAGCAAGACUCCAUCUCAACAACAACAACAACAACAAAAAGAAAGUAAAUGACUGACUUUGUGCUGACAUCAACAAAGCAAAUUACUUUCAUAGAUGUUUAUUUAAAAAAUAAACUUUCGGCCGGGUGCAGUGGCUCAAGCCUGUAAUCCCAGCACUUUGGGAGGCCGAGGUGGGUGGAUCACAAAGUCAAGAGAUUGAGACCAUCCUGAUCAACAUGGUGAAACCCCAUCUCUACUGAAAAUACAAAAAAUUAGCUGGGCACAGUGGCGCGUGCCUGUAAUCCCAGCUACUCAGGAGGCUGAGGCAGGAGAAUUGCCUGAACCCAGUGGAGGCGGAGGUUGCGGUGAGCCGAGAUCGUGCCAUUGCACUCCAGCUUGCGUAACAAAAGCGAAACUCCGUGUAAAAAAAAAAAAAACAAACAAAAAAUAAAAUAAAACAAACUUUCCUGCAAAAAAAUGCCAGGUUUAUAUGGCUUUAAUGCUGAAUUCUUGCUUAUAAUUAAAGAACAAAUAAUAGCAAUUUACACAAACUAUUCCAGAGAAUUAAAAAAAGAGGAAACACUUCUGAACUCAAAGACUGGCAAAACAUUGAUAUGAAAAUAUGACAUUACAAGUAAGAAAAUUUAUAGUCCAGAAUCUCUCAUGAACAUAGAUGUAAAAAUCCUAACAAAAUAUCAGUAAAUUGGCAGGGUGUGAUAGCUAAUGCCUAUAAUCCCAGCACUUUGGGAAGUCAAAGCAAGAGGAUUGUUUGAGCCCAAGAGUUUGAGACCAGCCUGGCCAACAUAGUGAUAUCCUGUCUCUAAAAAAAAUUGCUUACAUUAGCUGGGUGUGGUGGCAUGCUUCUGUAGCCCUAGCUUCUCAGGAGGCUGACGUGGGAGGAUCAGGUGAGCCCAGAAGUAUGAGGUUAGAGUGAGCUAUGACCACACCACUGCAUUCCAGUCUGGGUAACAGAACAAGACCCUGUCUCUAAAAACAAAAAAUAUAUAUAUAAAUAAAUGGGAUUCCAGGAAUUUAAAAAUAUACAUAAUAUACCAUCACAGAGAAGGAUUUACUCCAGGAAUAAAAGGUUGAUUUAACAUUUUAAAAUUCUGUUAUUAUAAUUUGCCACAUUAACAGAAUAAUAUUGGGGGAAGGAGGAGAAUAAAAUCAUCUUAAUAAGUGAAGAAAACAUAUUUGAUAAAGCUGAACAUGCAUUGAUGAUUUUAGAAAAAAAUCCCCAACAAAGGAGAAAUAGAAUAAAAUAUCCUUAAUCUCAAAGGGUUAUCUAGGAAUAAAACCCUGUAGCUAUGUCAUUAUCAGUGGUUAAAGUUUUCUCUCCAAAGUCAAGAAUAAGAUGGGGAUCCUACUACCACUACUGUUAUUCAUCAUUAUGCUGUAGGUCCCAGACAGUUGUAUAAGCCAAGAAAGAGAAAUAAAAGGUAUGAAGAUUAAAAACAAAAACUAAAACUAUCUUCAUUUAUGUAUUACAUGAUUGUAAAGCCAGAAAAUCUAAAACUAUACAGACUAUUAGAAUUAAUUUAGUAAGCCCUCUAGAUACAAAGUCAACACAUGAAAACCAAGUGUAUUUCUACAUACUAUCAAGAAAUGAUCAGAAAAUAAAAUACUUUAAAAUGUAAUUUAUAGUAACAUUUAGAAAUCAAAUAUUUAGGAACAAAUUUAAGAGGAGUUCCAUAAAGCAAAUAAUAGUCAAAACUACAAAAUAUUGCUGAGAGAAAUUAAAGGUGAUGUAAAUAAUUGAAGAGCUAUAUUAUGUGCAUGAAUCAAAAGAUUGAAAAUUGAUGUCAAUUUCCCCCAAUUUGAUAAGUAGAUUCAAUGCAAACCCAAUCUCUAAAAACCUUGGUGAAAUAUGUGGUCAACUUCAGCAGGAUAAAUCUUAAGUUUAUAUGGAAAUGCAAAGAACCUAAAAUAGCCAAGAACAAUAUUAAAGAAGAAUAAAAUUGAAAAGUUUACCAUCAGAGUUCAAGACUAACUAUAAAGCGGCAGUAAUUAAGACAGUGUGGUAUUGGUGCAAGGACAGGCAAAUAGGCCAAUGUAAUAGAGUCUAGAAAUACCCCCUGCAUAUGCAGUCAUUUAGUUGAUAACAAAGGUGUUACUACAAUUCAGUGGGGAAAUGAUGUUUUUAUUAAAUGAUACUUCAACAACUGUAUAUCCAUAUGGGAAAGAAAAUAAACUCUAACUCACACCAAAUCCAAAAAUUAAUUGAAGGUGGAUCAUAUACCCAACUGUGAAAUCUGAAACAAUAAAGCUCUAGAAGGAAACAGAAUAACUUCACAAUGCCGGGGUAGACAAUGAUUUCUUAAACAUUACAGAAAAAGCACUAACUUUAAGAAACAAAAUUGAUUAAAAUUGAGAACUUCUAUUAUCAAAAUACAUUAGCAGUAAAUUGAAUAGGCAAUUAUAAAGUAGGAGAAUAUAUUUGCAAUACUUACAUCUGAUAAAGGAUUAUAUCCAUAAAUAACUCUACAGAUCAAUAAGAAAGUGUUUUAAAUGGGCAAAACACUUGAACAGCACUUUUCAGAAAACAAAGUGAAACAAACAUCUACCUUAUGAUGUAGCAAUUCUGUUCCUAAGUAUAUGCCCCCUAAAAUAAGUACAUAUGUCUGUAAAAACUAUACAAGAAUAUUUAAAGCAGCUUUAUACUUAAUAACCAAAACUUGGCAACAACCUAAACACCCACCAGUAGGUGAAUGUAUAAACAAAUUAAUAAACUACCACUGAUAUACAGAACACAGAUAAAUCUCAAAAAUAUUAUGAUGUGCAAAAGAAGAGAGACAUAAGAGUACAAACUAUAUGAUUGCAUUUAUGUGAAGCUCAAGAACCAGCAGCUAACCUAUGUGAUAGAAGUCAGAAUAUUUAUCUCUGGAUACACAGUCAACACACAAAAAUCACCUAUAUAUUUCGUCAACACAUGAAAACCGAGUAUUGGCUGUGAGUUAUUACAAGAGAGCUUCCUUGGGGGCUAAAAAAUAUUCUAUAUAUUGAUAUGGCUGGUGGUUACAAAGUGUAUACAUUUGUAAAAAUAUAUACAUAAGAUGUAUUUAUUUUACUGUAUACAAAUUAAACUCGAAGUUUAAAAGCAUAUAGACUGGCAUUGUACAUACCAUUUGGCACAUUCCGUGUAUAGGCUUUAUGCAGCAUGCUUUUUGGUAUCAGGUUAUUCAAAAUGUAAACCUUCUUAAUCCUAUCAAGGUACAAAAUAUAGCAUAGUGGCUAAGAGUUUGGGUCUAAGAGUCAAUUCUUCUUCAAGAAAAAAUUUUUGAGCGCCUUAAUAUGUGCCAGGCUCUGGUCUGAGUAGUGUGGUAAUGAGCAGCGAAUACAACUGAGAGUCUGCCCUAACAGAUCAUAGUCUAGUAGGAGACACAGAUAAUACAAAUAUAAAUAAUAUAAUAAGUUAAAAGAAAAAUUAGGCAGGACAAUUGGAUGCACGGUAAGGUGGCUAUUUCAGAUAGAUUAAUGUAGCUUCUCUAAGAUUACAUUUGAGCAGAGACCUGAAUGAUGUAAAGAAGCCAGCUAUGAGAAUCUUUAGUGGAAAACUAAACCCUAGGCCUUUAAUUUAGCUAUUUUGGAAACCCUGAGCAGGCUAUUCAACUUCUCUGAGUUCCUGUUUCACCAUCCAUAAAAUGUGUAUUAUUAUAUUUCCAGAUUAUAUUAAGGAUUAAGUGAGAUAUAUGUAAAGUGCUAACACAAUAUCUGAUACAUUAUAAGGAAAGAAUACAUAAUGAUUGCUUAAAUCAUGGAAUAAGUUGCAAACAGAUGCAUCAGUGUUAUAGAAUAGGGGAUUUUGCUUAUUUUGCCCUUUUUGGGGGAGUCUUGCUGUAUCGCCCAGGAUAGAAUGCAGUGGCACAAUCUUGGCUCACCGCAACCUCCGCCUCCUGGAUUCAAGCUAUUCUCCUGCCUCAGCCUCACAAGUAGCUGAGAUUACAGGCAGCUAAUUUUUGUAUUUUUAGUAGAGACAGGGUUUUGCCAUGUUGGCCAGGCUGUUUUAGAACUCUUGACCUCACAGGAUCCACGCCCCCCUCAGCCUCCGAAAGUGCUAAGAUUACAGCCAUGAGCCACCAUGCCCAGCCACUUUUGCUUAUUAUUCUGUAUAGUAUUAAGUGUUCCAUAAACAUUUGAGGUUCAGUAUAUUUAAUGUAAUACCUGUUUUGCAAUGAGUCAGUUUCAGUAUACCUCUAGCACAGAAAAGGACAAGAAAAUGGAGACGUGAGGAGAAAAAAUGGUGUCCGUGGAUUAUAGUACCUAUAGCCAAGCUGCAGCGCAGCAGGGUGCUUACAGCGCCCAGCCCACUCAAGGAUAUGCACAGACCACCCAGGCAUAUGGGCAACAAAGCUAUGGAACCUAUGGACAGCCCACUGAUGUUAGCUAUACCCAGGCUCAGACCGCUGCAACUUAUGAGCAGACCGCCUAUGCAACUUCUUAUGGACAGCCUCCCACUGGUUAUACUACUCCAACUGCCCCCGCAGUUGCCUGGCCAGUGCCUGUCCAGGGGUAUGGCACUGGUGCUUAUGAUACCAUCACUGCUACAGUCACCACCACCCAGGCCUCCUACGCAGCUCAGUCUGCAUAUGGCACUCAGCCUGCUCAUCCAGCCUAUGGGCAGCAGCCAGCAGCCACUGCACCUAUAAGACUGCAGGAUGGUAACAAGCCCACUGAGACUAGUCAACCUCAAUCUAGCACAGGAGGUUACAACCAGCCCAGCCUAGGAUAUGGACAGAGUAACUACAGUUAUCCCCAGGUACCUGGGAGCUACCCUAUGCAGCCAGUCACCGCACCUCCAUCCUACCCUCCUACCUAUUCCUCUACACAGCCGACUAGUUAUGAUCAAAGCAGUUACUCUCAGCAGAACACCUAUGGGCAACUGAGCAGCUAUGGACAGCAGAGUAGCUAUGGUCAACAAAGGAGCUAUGAGCAACAGCCUCCCACUAGUUACCCACCCCAAACUGGAUCCUACAGCCAGGCUCCAAGUGAAUAUAGCCAACAGCAGCAGAGUUCAUUCCAACAGGACCACCCCAGUAGCGUGGGUGUUUAUGGGCAGGAGUCUGGAGGAUUUUCUGGACCAGGAGAGAACCAGAGCAUGAGUAGCCCUGAUAACCAGGGCAGGGGAAGAGGGGGAUUUGAUCGUGGAGGCAUGUGCAGAGGUGGGCAGGGAGGAGGACACGGUGGAAUGGGCGCUGGAGAGCGAGGUGGCUUCAGUAAGCCUGGUGGACCCAUGGACGAAGGACCAGAUCUUGAUCUAGGCCCAGCUGUAGAUCCAGAUGAAGAUUCUGACAACAGUGCAAUUUAUGUACAAUGAUUAAAUGAUAAUGUGACUCUAGAUGAUCUGGCAGACUUCUUUAAGCAGUGUGGGGUUGUUAAGAAGAACAAGAGUACUGGGCAACCCACGAUCCACAUCUACCUGGACAAGGAAACAGCAAAGCCCAAAGGCGAUGCCACAGUGUCCUAUGAAGACCCACCUACUGCCAAGGCUGCAGUGGAGUGGUUUGAUGGUAAAGACUUUCGGCUGGGUGCGGUGGCUCACGCCUGUAAUCCCAACACUUUGGGAGGCCGAGGUGGGUGGAUCACGAGGUCAACAGAUCAAGACCAUCCUGGUCAACAUGGUGAAACCCCGUCUCUACUAAAAAUACAAAAAAUUAGCUGGGCAUGGUGGUGCGUGCCUGUAAUCUCAGUUACUCAGGAGGCUGAGGCAGGAGAAUUGCCUGAUCCCAGGAGGCGGAGGUUGCGGUGAGCCGAGAUCGCGCCAUUGCACUCCAGCCUGGGUAACAAGAGUGAAACUCCGUCUCAAAAAAAAAAAAAAAAAAAGACUUUCAAGAGAGCAAACUUAAAGUCUCUCUUGCUCGGAAGAAGCCUCCAAUGAACAAUAUGCAGGGUGGUAUGCCACCCCAUGAGGGCAUAGGGAUGCCACCACCACUCCAUGGAGGGCCAGGAGGUCCUGGGGGACCCGUGGGUCACAUGGGAGGCCGUGGAGGAGAUAGAGGAGGCUUCCCUCCCAGAGGACCCCAGGGUUCCCAAGGGAACCCCUCUGGAGGAGGAAACGUCCGGCACCAAGCUGGAGACUGGCAGUGUCCCAGUCCGGGUUGUGGAAACCAGAACUUUGCCUGGAGAACAGAGUGCAACCAGUGUAAGGCCCCAAAGCCUGAAGGCUUCCUCCCACCCCCAGGUGGUGAUCAUGGCAGAGGUGGCCCUGGUGGCAUGCGGUGAGAAAGAGGUGGCCUCAUGGGUAGUGGUGGUCCCAGGUGGAAUGUUCAGAGGUGGCCAUGGUGGAGACAGAGGUGGCUUCCGUGGUGGCUGGGGCAUGGACCGAGGUGGCUUUGGUGGAGGAAGACGAGGUGGCCCUGGGGAGGUCCCCUGGACCUUUGAUGGAACAGAUGGGAGGAAGAAGAGGAGGACGUGCAGGACCUGGAAAAAUGGAUAAAGGGAAACACCGUCAGGAGCGCAGAGAUCGGCCCCAUUAGAUGCAGAGACC